AUGAUGCGGAGAAUUCUCUGCUGCACCGACGUCCUCCCACAAGAAACGGAGGCAAAUGCGGACGCAAAAGUGAACGAGACGGUCCGAGGCACCAAGCGAGCGCCGAUCGAACUGAUACAAUUGCCCCCUCCCGCCAAGCUGUCUGGUGGCAAUUACAACUUCGAAUCAUGGCUUGCUAGAAACGGCUCCGGUUCCAUUGCGUCGUCCUCUCGCUCCAACGUGCGAUCUCCAGAGUUGGACUUCAUUCCGGACCCGACCUCGGUCGAAUACGUAUCGGACCCCGAGGAUGAGAUCCAGGAAGUGGUCAGUACACGCAAUUGGAGGCGAAUCAGCCGAAGUCUCUCCCAAGACAGUAGCAAGGGCUCCCAAGACCCUGACGAUGAGCGCCGUUUUUCCAUCCCCAGCGUUAAUCGCCCCUCCUCCGCCCCUCGCUCUAAGGAUCAGAAGGGUGACGAGAAGCCGCCUCCCUUUGAUCAGGCCGCCUAUUUCCAGGCCGUUAGAUCAAACAACAAGAGACGACUUCAGGCCGAAGUCGAAAGCGAAAACAGUUCUCGAUCAGUCUCCACGCGCGCAAGUAACAGAUUUCGCGAGCUGGAGACGGUUGAGGAGGAUCCGAGUGACCACCGAGAUGAGCUCCCAGGCGGACCGCGGGACCGGAUAGAGACUGCCAUGUCCACUGGAAUCUCCGCGCUCAAGGUUCCCCGCCAACCGACUCGACCUCCCACAGCUAGGCUCUCGAACCAAGGUCUCAAGGUUGAUCCAGCCGACAUUAUCUUGGGAGACCGUCGCCGCAGCAGUUGCCCUAAGAUUGAGUCCAUAUCCAAGGUGGUGGCAUCGCAACUCGUCAUUCGUGAGCGGGGCUCCUUGCCCUUGAUGCCUCCGGCCCCAGUACUCGUUGCUCAGCAGGACAAUAGCAACCAGGACGACGAAUCAUUCAAGACCUGGCGUCUCUCUCAAAGCAUUCCCCAGUGCGAUAGCCAAGCUACUCUUAUAGUUCGGCCUCUAAACGUCUCGAGCACGAAUGAUCACAGCGUCGUCGUUGUCGAUACCAAAAGUGGAACCGAACCUCAAGACCAGCCCGGCACAGUAGACAACACUGGCACCACUGACACCAGGGGAAAGGCUCGCAACCAUGAGCAGCCCGAGAUCGCGGUCGUUUCCAAGCUCGUCAACGCCCCCAUCCGGCCUCUUACUGCGGACUCUGCACAGUCUCAUGACGGCAGUAGUUGGGAGACCUGGCUACUAGCCGAGAAGCUUACGUCCCAAGACCCUCCCGUAUCCGUCCGAGAAGCAUCUGAGACAAACGCCGAGAGUGCAUCUUCAAUCGCCGGUGGCGGUCCCACAGAGAUGUCUGACAACAAGCGCGACGCGGUCAACAUGACGAUGAGUCCGAUGAGUUUGAGUUGCCCAACCAAUCCUGGUGGCUCGAAUGCGACCCUUUCCGUUGACAGAACUGACGCUUCCUCCGUGGCCUUUGGGGAUUUACCAUCGACAUUUCGCACGGAGGGCAAGAUUACUUCAGCCGUUGCAGACUCUGCUGCAGAAACCGUACUGCAGUAUCCUUCAUCUUCGGUGUAUUCCUCGAUGCAGAAUACGCGCCCGCCCUCGCCCAUGUGCUCAAAAGACGCAAGUGGUUGUGGAGAAGAUAAUACCAGUUUCGUCGAGAGUCUGAUUGAUCUCAAUCUUGCCCAGUUCGAGACGUUCAACGACCUCCAGGAACAACGGUCAGAUGAGAGCUACCGCACCGCUCCUGACCGGAAUUCCGACCUGGUUGUCCCCUCCAUCGUUCUGCCCACCGAGGAUGCCCCUUGCAACGAGAUACCUGAUGCACCGGGGAAAUAUCGUUACAAAGUUCAGUUGAUAACGAAUCAGUUUGGCGCCAAGUCUAACGAGUUGCCCUCACUGUCGGCCAGCGAUAUCCAGACGGGAACGAAGAUUGUACAGCACGAUACUGCUAACAGCGCGCCCAGUCGCAAGUCUUCCUUCCUACAAGUCUUGCGUAUUGGCAUAGGAAGCGGCCUAAAGAGCCACGGGAAGUCGCAGAGUCAGCCUUCAGAGCUCACGCAGCUGGACUAUUCGUCGGCAUCGCACAAGAGACCUCAGGCCAACGGGCACGCCAAGACGCUGUCGAAUCUCAGUGCCGAAUCUUACAUGCAACCGAAUGUACAAGCUGCAGAGUUCAUAGCACCCAAGUUGACGGAGAGCGCAACGACAGUCUGGAAGCGAGCCAUACAAGUUGAACACGACCAGCGCGAGGCCAGGUUGAAUGCAGGCUCCAAAAAGACUACAGUCUCAGGGCACAUGAUCAGCGAUGAAGCUCAUCAUGUCAUGAAUAAUGAGGUGCCCUCUAGGCGCGACAAGCUGAAGUUUCACAGUCUGGAAGCUUCGGCACAGCUUGACCAGUCAGCUAAGUCUCAGCAAACAGACCAGCCGCACUCAAUCCCAAGAAAACCUUCGACCGUCAUUGUUUCACAAAAGACGGAGGAGGGUCAUGGAGCUUCGGGUAGUGCCAACUAG